AUGUCCCCCUCCCACGGACUAUACACCCGCUCUAUUUCGAAGGAGAGUCCGGAGAUAGUCUAUUCGUUAUAUCCGUUCCUAGCUUAUACGGCAGUAUAUUUUCGAGACCACUUGCGCGACUGUAAUGAGGAUCAAUCCGCAGAGAUCCUCCUUAAGCUUGUCCAAAAUAGACGCUUGGCGAUUAUGACGAUGCAAGCUCACGUAAACUUACACGGUCCUGAAAGUGGCUACUACCAUGGGGAACUCGUAGGUUCGUUUUACUACCAGUCCACCUUCGAAAUUAUCAAGCCUUCACUGCAUUUAGCAUGCAGUUUCGGAAACAGAAUAGUUGUGCGGGAGCUUAUUGACAGUGGAUAUAAUGUAUACGGCGCGGGUCCUGCUUCACUAUUGAUGUCCUCUCCAUUACACCACGCUGCAAGAUUUGACCACGUGGCCGUGGUACAAUUCUUGUUGGAAAGAGGGGCCAACAUAAACUCUUUCAACUGGCGCAACGACACAGCCCUGGAUUGGGCAAUCGACUCCAAUAGUAGGAGGGCUAUCCAGACACUUACCGACAACGGUGCCGGUAUCAAUGCUGCGAAUCCAAUCGAAAGGCUACUACUAAACCUAGCAGACCUACAGACAUACUCUACUAGCACCGUAGAUGCAUAUUUGAUCUUCCAAAAUAUCAUAGAAUAUACACAGGAUAAUACCUGA